UGCAUUGAGAGCUGACUUUCACAUAGUAACGACUGCAGACAGAGGACUGCUCGGGAGUGCGUCACCAGAAGAGAGCUGCAGGAAAGCAACCCGAGAGAGAGAGACAGAGAGAGCAAGCAAGCUGCAGAGCCGGCCUGCACAGAAAUGUGACUGCACAUCCGCAGCGAGACAUGACCCCCCAGUCUGUUGAGGAUUGCCUGCAGACCACGCUCUCUUCCUUGUAUCCCCCCUUUGAAGUGACAGCCCCAACACUUUUGUCUCAGGUGUUCUCAGUGUUGGAGAGGACAUAUCGCGAGGAUCCCCUGAGAUACACUUUAGAAUUCCUAAUACCAGCAAAGAGAAUCUUACAGAAUGUACAACACCAAGCCUGUUCUCAGUACAGUGGAUUCCUCUUUUUCCAUGAAGGCUGGCCACUCUGUCUUGGUGACAAGAUCCUGAUCCAACUCUCCUCCCUGCCGUGGCACUUUCUGAAACCUGGAGACUUUUACUUGCAGGUUGUACCAUAUCUAGAGUGCUCGCCACGCCUUGUGUUGAAGUGUCUCUCCCAAGAUGGUAGUGGCAUCCAGGAAAUUGUGGUUCACGAAAGCUCACAUUCCUUUAUUUUCUCUGCUGAAUGGCUUAAUAGUAUCAAUAAAGAUCGGAGCUCGGUACGACUGGAAAAUUGUCUGGCAGCUGUGGAGGAGAAAGUUCUCAGACUACAGUGGGCUGAAGUUAUAUAUCCACGUUUCAUCCAUAAGGAAGGUUUUAUUGUAGGUAGGAAAUGCCCUCCAUGUCCUAUACUGCCUCCUCUAGAAUGCAGGAGCCCGGGUGAUGGCGGCAUAACUAGUGUUGACUUGGUGGAACCUCGAGUAACCAAUAGUCAACAACAUAUGGAGAAAUGGAGAGAAGGGACUGUGUCCCAUGCAAUGGGGUCUGUUUCUGGUACUAUACUGGAUUGUGUAGAAGGGGAAUAUGUGGAGCUGAGUCCCCCAAAUAAAGCAACAGGAGAAAAUACAGAGAGCUACAGGGAUUCCUGGCUAUCUAGAGCAAAGACUGCUCCAAGCAGAAAAGGUAAAAAGAAGGGGCAUCAGGCUUGGCUGCAUGAGAAAAGGCCAGGAAAAAUUGGGUCUUUGAGUACUUUGAAAGGGAUGGCUCAGGAAACCUGGGAGGAAAGGCUGUGUACAGCAGCUGCUGGAGGACAGUGUGAGUCCACAGGAGAUAGACAGUGUUACUGGGAUGUUGAUAGCAGUGAAUCAGAUUUGAUGAAUGAAUGGAAGAAAGACCUUAGUCUGUUCCAGAAGUGUGAUGUGGAUGAUGUACCUUCUGACAGACAGGUUUGGGUGACCUCUGAAAGCCAAUCAUGGAUGUUAAAAGACUGUUCACAGGAUCAGAGGGAGAAAGGCUUGGGAGCUGACAAAACCAUUUCCACGGGUGGACUUAUAGAUGACAAGAUGUUAUCAAAGGCUCUUGAAGGGGGUUCUCUUAAAAUGGAUAUUCCUGGAGAAAGAGGGGAUGUUAUUUGUGCAGAAAAUGUUCAAGACAUUUCAAGUGAUUGCCAAAGAGAUCUCUCUGAAGACAUUAUACAACAUUCAUCUCUAGAUAGCCAAAAUAACACAAAGGACAAAAAUAGGGAAAUGGUAGGCAACAGCCCAACAAGCUUUGAACUGGAUUCCUCAGAGAUGCUAUACAAACAAACUACAGAGGAUACAAAUGAGGUUGAAUCUCAUAUUUUAGAGUCCUCACUGACCAAAAGAGAUAGAACAUGGGCAGAUGGUCAAGAAACCUCAAAGGCAGAGGGAGGACCUGGAGAAAACAUCUCUGCAGAAGUAUUUCCAACACCUUCUGUUGAGACAAAACUGCACACAGAGAAAGAUAAUAGUCCUAAUCUGAGCCAGAUUACUGAUACUCCACAGAAGACAGGCAGAGGGCGAAGAAAAAAGAGAAACAAAAGGGGAAGGGGACCUUUAAGACCAGAAGCAAGGAAAGAAACCAGUAAUGCCAAUGAGGUCAAUACUGAUGCAAGUCAAGAACCAAUAGAGGUGUUCAGGAAAACCAAAGUCAACGAAGAAGAUAACAUAGACCAUGAGGAGAUGGAAGAUGAAAAUCAUAAGGCAGAACUUCCUCUCCUGAGUGCAGUCAGCCAAGCAGAUGAGUUGUCAUGUUUGGAAUUAAAAGAUGAACCAAAUCAGUCACCGUCUCAGAGUACUUUACCGCCAGAAUCCUCUACUGCUAAUUUCAAACGUCUGCAUAAAGAUGUUAACUGGGACUUACUGGAAUCAGGUUUUUUCUGUUUGACUGGAGGACAGGACAGAGACAAGAAAGCGCUGCUAAUUUUAUGCCCUGACAAAGCUCCGUCCACUUACAGCCAAAGUGAAUUUGUGGAUACACUUUCAUAUCUUCACUCUCUUCUCAGACCCGAGCUUCGUGAAUGGGGCAUGACUCUUCUAUUCGAUCUACAAGACAACACAAUAAACAAAGAGGGUCUUCUCCAGUUGUUGAAAGACAGUAAGGACUCCACAUGCCAUUGUAUACACCGCGCUUUAUUUCUCUGUAACACAGAAAACUAUCCUGCAGUUCCAUGCGACAUCUUUAAUUCACAGGUAGUGGUUCUACAAUCAGAGUUGAACCAAUUCAUUGAUUCAGAAGAGUUGCCAGAGUUUCUUGGGGGAGAAAGACCUUAUAUUCACACUGAGUGUGUGUGGGGCCAGCAGUCUCUGGGCAAUCUGUAUACAUUGUGCUCUGAUGUCUUACACUCACUGGAAGAGGUCACACAAGACCUAGAUUCUGACAGUAUACAGGAUACAGAAGCAUUGAUUUGCCAUCAUCGAGAUGCUAUGAAGAGAGCUCUGAGUGAUGAGAAACUGCAGAUGCUGCAAAGAGAUGGUGGUACUCUAGUAGCAAGGCUGCAGAAGUCACCAUACUUGAGGCUUUACGAUACAGUUACAUUUGAGUUGUACGAGAGAGUAGAUGAGGCCCUGCAUCGCCUUGUACAACUGUCUAAUCAGAGAUUGCAAGAGCUGGAGGACAGGCUUUCACCACAGACUCCUGAGGAUUCUCUGAGUUCUCAAGAUGCAACAAAGCAUCAUCUACAACUAAUGGAGGCCCAGGAAGAGACACUGUCAUUGGAGGAAGGCCAGGUUCUAGUGCCAGAACCAGAAAGCAGAAGGACGGAUGUUGGCGUUAGGAUACGAGGCCUAGAGGUCAGCAGUCGAGAGCUAGCAGAUCGAACCUGCAGCCCUCCGAGGGGCCAUGUUCUGAGCAGAGGUGAUGGAAGAGGACCGGAUGCUCCUUGGGGAGGGAUCACCAGACCAGAAGGAAGAAAGUCCCCACAGCGCUUGCUGUUAGAUCUUUUAUGCUCAGAACGCAGCUAUGUGCAGUCCCUGCGCCGUUCUCUGGAAGUGAGAAGAUCUUGUCCAGCUAGUUUGGCACUUAGAGGAAACCUGGAGCAGCUUCUGAAUUUCCACACGUACUUUCUGCGGGAACUCCAGAGCUGUGUCUCUCAACCAUUAACUGUCUCAUUCUGCUUCUUACAAUAUGCGGAUCAGUUUCGUUUAUAUUCUCUGUAUGUAAAAAACAGGCAGAAGGUGGAGCUCUUCCUCCCUGCACCGAGCGGAAGCUUAAAGGGUAGAAGAAGGGAUCAGAAGGAAAAAGAAGAGGAAGAAUCAUGGGCAAUCUUGCAGAGACCACUGGAGCAACUGGACCAGUACCAACGGUUUCUGGGCGAAAUGAUACAAGAGUGUGAUCAAGAUAGCGAGCAGGAACGACAGUCUCUGCACACAGCCCGUGACCUUGUGGGAUCCCUGGUGCAUCAUGGGAAAAAUCUGCUGGCUGCUGAAGCUAUCAGAGGGUUUGAGGUUGAUGAGAAAGAGCAUGGUCGCCUUCUCCUCAAAGAUGUCUUUAUAGUUUGCUCAGGGAGAAAGAAGUCUUUACGGCACGUAUUCCUCUUCCAGAAGCUUCUGCUUUUCAGUAAACUAAAGACAGCUGAAGGAGGAAUGGAAACGUACAGCUUUAAACAGGCUUACAAGACUGCUGACAUGGGUAUCACGGAAAGUUCUGUAGAUGGAGACACAAGGAUUGAACUUUGGUUUCGUCGUCCAAAAUCCAGAGAGACAGUGGUCUUACAAGCUGACAAUCCUGCAGUAAAAGAGAUCUGGACCAAUGAAAUUACCAAACUGCUAUGGAACCAGGGAGACUUAAGCAAAGACAGCAGAUCUCCAGAUACAACCUCUCUUGGUUCCAGUCACCGUUCGUUCCUCGAUAUUAAAGCUGGAUUCAGUGCAAUAAGUGAGAGGACAGUUGGAGCCCUGCUAACUGCAAGAGGUUCUCGUGCUCGAUCAACGAUGGCUCUCUCUUCCUGUGAGCACAGCUCACCAUCUCCACCAUCUUCUCUGAGCCUUGCUCUUACAUCAGGACUGAGUCCACGAAGAUUGCGUUCUCCUGGAGGGAGUUCUCUGUCAGACAAAAUCAGUGAAGAAGGCGGUGAAAUAUUUCCAGGUGGACCUGUGUGCCUCAAGUCAAUCUCGCCUAUUAAAGACGGAGAAAAGCCAAGAGAGUUCACUAUUGAAAGUGUCUUCCCAUCCACCUCCGUGUGAUUCACCACUCCCCUGGAAGAAAAAAAACACUUUCUGAGGUACCAGAACCACUGAAUAUGAUGCAAUGAAACAGCCAAAAUGCAAUAAUGUAAGUGACAAUUAUAACAAUGGUGCUAGUAAUAAAGUCAUGAGAUUUCAACACCAGUACAGCAAGGACAUAAAACCACUCAAAAAAGGUCCGGGCUUUACUGCAAGUCGAAAAUGGGGAACUGAACCUGAGAAUAAAAACAGUUACGUGUCGCUAAGGUUACAACGAGAGGAGCAAAGGGGAAUGUACACAGGACAAGUCUCUCCCACAACUGGGACAACAGAGAAGAUGGUACAAGCGACAUGUGUCUAUCAGAAAUGGAAUGUAACUGCAGAUAUACAGGAGACAAGUGUCUACAACUGGAACCGCAAGGCAGCCAGAAUAACUACAAAGGUUAAUUAUCUACCAGCAAAGGCUUUGAUUGUAGAUUUUGUAACAGAAGUAUCAAAGCUGCCAAUUGCAUGAACAUCUCAGAACUUAGCAUCUCAAAACAUUUAACUAUAAAGAGUUUCAAGGAAGAGGUAAAAUGGCACCCAAAGGAACUUCAGCGAUGCCCUUUACGGUAAUGGAGGAAAGUUCAUUAAUAUCCUGGUAACUCCCAUUCAGAGGUAACAGUAUACCGAAUGGAUACAUGACGAGCCAGAACAGCAGCAUCUAACAGAGUCGUGAUUAUCACUAAAAUCAACCCAGCAAUUAUAUAAAAGAAACAAACAAAAAAACCGGUAUUAAUUUAGUAGCAAACGUAAAUAUCAGUAUUAAUAACCACAUGAAUGUAAUUGUCUAUACUUUAAUGCAACAAAUGAAUGGUGAGUGUGUGCAGCAACCCUAUGUUACCGUUUCCAACCUAUCUUCUAGUCGCAGGUAUAAUUAUAGCUGCUUAAUGAAAAUGUAAUCAACAAUAAGAUAAAUAUACCAAGGAAGGUCUGCUCUAUAACCCCACUAUUAACUCACGUAACUACUCCAUUGCAUGGAAUUACAUUAACAAAGGUUUAUUUUGAGCAAAAUAAGUCAGUAGCAAUUUUACUAAUAGGGCAAGUAUACAAUUGGUACGAAUGUACAUGCUGGUAAAAGCUAUAGAAAUCCAGCAAUACAAAGCAUCUAAUAUAGGAGUCUAGAUUUUAGUGGGCACUUUACAUGUGCUAAUUUACUAUUUGUAGUAUCAGGAAA